CGGAAAAAAAAACAUUGAAAAUAAAAUUAAAAUCCCACUAUGACAAUAUUAACGUGUAGCAUUUUUGCAUUGACACUGGUCAGCACCAUCAAUUUGAUUGAUGCUCAAGGGCCAGUUGCGACGGCUCUAUUUCUCGGUGAACCUGGCCUCUUCAAUACAACACGAGAGGAUUGUGUGUGGAAGCAUGUCAAUGAUGGAGAUCAGUGUCCAGAUCCAGAUAUCACAAUGACUCUGUUUCCACCGAAAAAACUUCAUGCGAACGCAAAGGUAGACAUCGCUCAACGUGAUUGGUUACGAAACAGUGGCUGGGACCGCGAAAAGGAAAAUGUGAUUCUAAUUCAUGGCUACGGUGGCAGCGUUAACGCUUUGCCCAUGUCUGUCUUACGAGAUGCCUACGUGAAUCAUGGUGACUACAAUGUGUUUAUGGUGGAUUGGGGAGUUCUGUGUCGGCCGCCGUGUUAUGUAGCAGCUGUUAACAAUCUAAAACCUGUUGCAAAUUGCUUGGCGCAAGCUUUUACGUUUUUACGUAAUUCUGGUAUGCCGGUUCAGCAAACGCUUUGUGUUGGCCACAGCCUGGGGGCCCAUGUUUGCGGUUUGAUGGCAAACUAUUUAGAUUUUCGCAUCGAACGGAUUAUCGCUCUCGAUCCAGCCCGUCCAUUGAUAUCGCCAGUCAUCGGAAAUCGACUAGACAGCGGCGAUGCAAAAUCAGUUCAAGUCAUGCACACAAAUGCUGGAUACUAUGGUGAAGGCGGACGUGUUGGACAUGUGGAUUUCUGUAUAAAUGGUGGCAGACGACAACCGUAUUGUUCCAGUACUUCGAAUGCGAAUUUGUGCAGUCACAUUUGGUCCGUUUGCUAUUUAUCACAGAGCAUCUACGAUAGUUCGCUCAUGAAUGCGGAACCGUGCACCAGACGAUGUCCAGUUGGUAUUCGCAGACACAAUCGAUUUUUGUAUCGGCAAAAUGUCGGUUUCGAUAUUCCAAUGGGUCAACACACUCCAAUAAAUGCCUACGGCUCGUAUUGUCUGAAAGAUAAUGGAGUACCAUUUUGCCCGUCAGAAAGCAAUCCAGUCGGCGAUGUCCGAUGCUGCAUCGGAGCGCAAAAUCAGGACGGUGGUCUUGAUGAGAUCAGUUAUCGUGACAAUUCCAUUGAAACAAUGGUCGAUUUAAUGAAAUCGCGAGACAGAACCUAAAACAAUGCUUUUCCACUCCUUUCCAUUCGCUCUCCAGGUGGAAAGUUUUGUGUGCUUUUUCUUCCUGUUUCUCAUCAAAUGAAUAGCAAUUUUAAGUUGCAAAUGAUUAGUUUAGAUAGCAAAUUUAUUCGAAUUACCAUUUGAUAAAAACAAAUUUUAAGUACAAUGACCCAUAUUUUUUCUCUCUCGAUAUGAAUGAUUCUUUGACAGAUAUAAAUAACAUUUUUCUGGUAGAAAAAAGU